AUGUGUGAGCCCAUCCCUUCCUUCCUCCUCUUUCGCUGUGUGUAUCUGUCAAGCAGCCUUAUGGAGCGCUGUCACUUUGAGGAGGCAUGCCUCCCUCCGAUCUUCACCUCUUUCUCCUCUCUACUCGUCCCCACCGAUGCUUUUUACAACCAUCUUCGUUACACAGUGACACCACCAGUUUGCGAGGUGGACGCAGGCACAGAACACAGUCAGUGCUACGUUGAACAAAGGAGGGAGGAAGAGGGAGGAGGGGCGAGACGGAAGAGCGAGAGAGUAAGAGAGGAGACUUUCGUUGUCAAUCUCCGCGCAGACAACUGGCGAGGCUUCGUGGCGGAAUGGGCGAAUGAGACGCUUCACUGGCCGCCAUCGAUUCACGGCGGUUCAGCCCAAAUUCCAGACGAUAAGCAGUACCAGUCUCAUAGCUGGAUUGCUGCAACAAGCGCGAGGUGCGGUUCUGGUGAUCAAUCAUUCUCGCCUGCAUUUGCAUCAGCAGCGGCAUCGACGGCAGUGGGAGGGAAUGUAACAACAGAAAGAAAGUAG